AUGGCACAGGGACCCAGAGCGCCAGAUGCACAUUCCGAGGUUGAUGUCCUCAUCAUCGGUGCAGGCCCAGCAGGCCUUAUGAUGGCCAACUGGAUGAGUCGGUGUGGCAUCCGAACGAGGAUAGUGGACAAAAGAGGGACCAAAAUUUUCAACGGUCAGGCUGACGGACUUCAAUGUCGGACACUUGAGAUCUUUGACAGCUUCGGUUUUGGACACCGUGCCUGGAUCGAGGCAAAUCACAUGCUCGAAAUCUGCCUCUGGAAUCCAGAUCCCCAGACAGGAAUUAUUCACCGCUCUGACCGCAUUCCCGACACCAUUCCAAACAUCUCGCGCUUCCAGCAGGUCGUCCUACACCAAGGGCGCAUCGAACGAUUUUUCCUCGACUCCAUUUCCGAGCACAGCAAGAGAACACUGAAAGAUGUGCCUGGCUGGCAGGGUGGCAUCAAAGUCGAACACGGUGUCAUGCCAGUGUCCUUUCAAUUUGAUGAAAGCCUUGCUGACGACCAGGACGCAUAUCCCAUAACCGUGACACUUCGACAUCUGAGCGAACAAGAAGCAACACCAAAGCAGUCUGCGACCAGUGUAAAUGGAUCCGGAAUACAGGAUGGGUUAUUCCGCAGCAAUCUGUCGCCGGACGACACUCAAGAACUGCUGGAGAAAUCGAAGAAGCUGCGGGAGAAAGAGGGCGGAGAGGAGACGGUAAGAGCGAAGUACAUGCUCGGUGCAGAUGGCGCCCACAGCUGGGUCAGAAACCAACUCGGCUUCAAACUCCAAGGCGAAAGCACCGACUACAUCUGGGGAGUGCUCGACAUCAUCCCCAUCACCGACUUCCCUGACAUCCGAAUGAGGUGUGCUAUUCACAGCGAAAGUAGUGGGAGUGUGAUGGUGAUCCCCCGAGAGAACAAACUGGUAAGACUAUACAUCCAACUGACAACAACCGAGAACGAAGAAGGCGGCAAGAGGGCAGAUCGGAGCAAAAUCAACCCAGAAACGAUUCUGGCCAGCGCACAGAGGAUCAUGAGACCUUACAAGAUUGAAUAUCGCUAUUGUGACUGGUGGACAGCCUAUCAAAUUGGACAGCGUGUCGGUGACAGUUUCAGUCUGAAAGAGAGGAUUUUCUUGGCCGGCGACGCCGUUCAUACUCACAGUCCAAAGGCCGGCCAAGGUAUGAACGUCAGCAUGCAAGAUGCUUUCAACCUCGGGUGGAAAGUCGCGAGUGUCGUCAAGGGCACCAGCAACAGGUCAAUCCUCAAAACAUACCAGUCCGAACGACGAAGGAUAGCGCAAGACCUGAUUGAUUUCGACCACCGCUUCUCGCGGCUCUUCUCCGGACGACCGGCCAAGGACGUACUCGACGAAGAAGGCAUCUCGAUGGAGGAGUUCAAGAACGCGUUUGAAAAGGGGAACCUGUUCGCCAGCGGCGUGGCCGUCGACUACGGGGCGAGCGUGGUGGUGGCCAAGUCCGGCGACAGCGCCAAGCAAGGCGAUGGCACCGAAGUGCUGGGCGAAGAGAAGCUGCGCGUCAUCAGCAGCCAGGCCUUCGCGUCCGAGGUCAAGGUGGGCAUGCGGAUGCCGUCGUUCAAAGUCCUCAACCAGGCCGACGCGCGGCCCUGGCAUUUCCAGGAACUCCUCAGGAGCAACGGCACGUGGCGCCUGGUGGUGUUUGCAGGCGACAUCACGGAGCCUGCCCAAAAGGCCCGUCUGGACGGGCUGGGCGAGAAGCUGGGCGCCGCGACGUCGUUCCUGAAGCGCUUCACACCGCCAGGGGCGAGGUACGACUCGGUCAUCGAGGUCCUCUCGGUACACUCGGCCAAGAGGCAGGAGGUCACCAUCUUCGACUUCCCUGAGGUGUUUAGGCCGUGGGACGACGGCGACGGCUGGGACUACUGGAAGAUCCACGUCGACGACGUCAGCUACCACGAGGGAUACGGCGACGCGUACAGAAACUAUGGCAUCGACCGCGCCCGCGGCUGCGCCCUCAUCCUCCGCCCGGACCAGUACGUCAGCUGGGUCGGCGACAUGGACGACUACGAGAGCAUGGACAAGUUCUUCAGCGGCUUCAUGGUCGAGCAGCCUCAGCAGGCUUCGGAGGCCGUGGGCGCCGAGGGCAUUAGCCGUGUCUCGUUGAAGGACACAGACGACACGGCCAUUCCAGCUACGAACGGCGCAGUCGUCGGUGUGGCAGCAGCAUGA